AUGGCUCCCGCCUCGAUUGCCGCUGCAAUUGCAAUACCUCUACUUAUGCAAUCCAUCUUACAUAUGCCGAGCUUGCCUGUCUUAGUAAUGCUAUUUCCUUUGGCGUGGACCACAGAUAGGAUAGUUAUAUUUAUAUCUGGCUCUACAGCGGGACCUACAAGAGGAAAUGCUCUCUGCGAAACGGGAGUAGUCGUUGUUGCAUCAACCAUCAUUCUUUGGGAAGAAUAUCGACUCACAGUACCUGGUAUAAUCUUUGGAGUAACCGGAAUACUUUCUUGUGGGAUUUCUAAAGCCUUGCUUUCCCUAGCUUGCAGACGGAUCGAACUCAAUAAGGCCCCUCCAGUCCUAGUGAGCGCUCACCAUGGAUUUAUUAUUCUGACCGCCGUGUUUGGUCUUGUCGUCACCGGAUUCUCCAGUUAUGCCUUCGAAGAUUUUACUCACUCGAGUCCAAUUCUGAGCCAUACCUCUGUAUUGCUUUUCAUCAAUUUUGGUUCUACUGCUGCAGCCAUACUAUCAGGAAAUUCGUUGCUUGCAUAUUCCCCAACGCUUUUUGUACGAACACCUCCAGAAUACAAUGAUGACAUAUCACUUGUCUCUAAUAUUGUUGCAUCAAGCGCUUCAUCUACCUUGAUCUUUUGGCUUUCGAUGCUAUCUAACCCGAUAUCUUAUGUCUCGCCGGUGCAGCACAUAGUAUACUACACUACAGUAAUUGCUUUACUUGCCUUAUCGGGAAAGUCCACCAACACCAGUUCACAUUAUCACAGUCUCAGAGAAAGUGAAAGAAUGAUCCCCGGUCCAACGUUUCGCGCAAACUCUCCUGCUGAAGUCUCGCGAUUCAUAAGUAAAACAGCAGUAUUGAGGAAUGUUUUCUUGGGUUUGACCCUGCCCAUAAUUUGGUUACUUGUAUCAGCGAUUAUAACGAGCAAUAAUGCAGUACCUGCCGAUAGCCCCGCACAAUUAGAUAAAAACUACGUUCCCGAGUCUCGUUUUGAUAUAGUUGUUAGCAUGUAUGAUGAAGAUCCAGUAUCUGUCAAGACCAUGCUUGCAUCGAUCAAGUCCACGACUUUCCUCGAAACAAUUCACCCAAGAGUCAUUAUUUACACCAAGAAGCCGUCAUCCGAUCUUACUGCGCUACGAAAUUCUACAGGUGCAGAUACUGUCCAGCAGCUCGAGAAUCGCGGACGAGAAGGUGGCACUUACCUACAUCAUAUUGUCACAAAUUGGGAUAAUUUGGCUCAACAAACAAUGUUUAUUCAAGCACAUGCUCAUAAUAUGCGCGAGCUGAUACCUCGUAUUGAUAAUUACCUCGUUGAGAAGACGGGGAUGCUUAACUUAGGGUUCGCCGGUGUGCUAUGUAAUAGCAAAGAUUGCAGUGAUCGAUGGGGUUGGGAAGAUCAAUGGGGAAUGGUGCCAUCUUUAUAUAAGAGACUGCAUCAUAAUGAGACGUGUGAGGAGCCUGUCUUGCUGUCUUACAAAGGACAGUUUAUAGCUUCCGCAAAUCGUAUUAGAGGAAUUCCACUUGGCAUCUAUGAGGAAUUGCUUAGUGCGAUAACAUCAACGACUGGUUGGAGCCACAAUGAGACUAUAAUUGGUAAUAACUUGGACAGGCCGGAUGCACCAUAUUUCGGGUAUACAGUUGAGAGACUUUGGAAUUUGCUUUUGCAAUGCUCGAACUUGCGAAUCGCAACUAUGUGUCCAAGUUUACUAAGUCAACGGAGAAGAUUCGGUAGGAUCGAUGAUUGUCAAUGUUUAGAUUAA